GCGAACUGUCCUUCACCAAGAAGCUUGGAGACAGGGAAGUAAACAGCAGCUGUCUUUCAGAAGACGCUAUACUCACGGAAUGAGGUGGUCCGGCGUCCUGUUUGGGGUGCUUUUGGCCAUGCUACUAGCCACGCUUGCCCACAGCUGCAACAGGAGCAGAUCUGUGAGGUACACCAGGAGUUAUCGAUAUCGAGCAAAUAGACGCCCAAGGAUCAGUUGCGACUACAAAAGCGCUACCUUCACAGCCGCGUAUGAUGAUUCUUCAGUGUACGUCUACUGGCCUACUCCCAGUGUUUCCGAUGACCGGACUGGAUACACGGUUAACCGGAUUUAUGGCCAAGGACCCUACAGCUAUUUUCGCGCCGGACGUCACAGGAUAACCUACAAGGUGACAGACACCGGAGGACUUACCGACACGUGCAGCUUCUACAUCACUAUCAUUGUGAAAACAUGCAAGUACCGCAGUAGCCCCAGCUAUGGAUAUCAACAUUGCGACCAUAAUGACAGACGACAUGGCACCCUUUGUUCGUAUUCCUGCUAUCACGGUUACCAUAUGUCCGGAAGCCCCACAUCAUCGUGUGGAAAUUACGGACUCUGGUUAUCCAGCGUUCCUUCAUGCACAAGAAAUUCCUGUGGCGCUCCGACCAUUCCACCCAAAGGCAUCAGCAUCAACUGCACCAAUGGUCAGUACUAUGAAAGCAAGUGCAUUCUGAACUGUGAUUGGACAAAAGGAUACUGGGCACGCCAUGGAAGCUACAUUUCCUGCCUUGGAAACGGAACAUGGAAUUAUAACCGCUGGCAAUGUGCUGAUAUCGAAAAACCAAAGAUCUUCAAGUGCCCAGAACAAGUGUUGAGAACGACCGACACUACUUACACAUGGCCGACAGUUUGGGCAACAGAUAACUCUGGCAUAGUCAAUCUGACUCAGACAAAAGGUCCACGUUCAGGAACAGAGUUGACUGAAGGAUCCCAGCUUAUCCAAUACCGCGCUGAUGAUGCAUCAGGAAACAUCGCCCCGCAAUGCGCUUUUGUAGUCAAUUAUGAAGUUCCGCCCUGUACCAGGCCCGCCGUGUCAAGUGGUGGCGACUACGACCCCGUCUUCAACUGCUAUUCCAGCAACUACACCGUGGGUUCGUCAUGCAGAGCCAACUGUCCACACAGCCUGGUGCUGGGGAACCCGUACAUCACGUGUGAGAGGCGCGACAGCUUCAUCCCGGCCUCCACGUGGGUUGGCAAUGACAGCUCCAUUCCGACGUGUCACAAGCAAGCUUGCCCCGAUCUGACCCCGCCAAGUAAUGGAUCCCUUGCAUGUGACAAGAUCUUCGCAGGAGAAGUAUGCCAGGUGCAAUGUCACACCGGUAAUGACAUUCCUGCCCACAGCGGAGGUCACACUAACUUCAAAUGUGGACUAAAUGGAGACUGGAUGCCUGUGACCCAGGUUCCCGACUGUUCUUUAUUGGUAUUUCCGGACGCCAAUAAGCUUCCGUUCCAACUCUUCUACUUUGGCGGAAACUGCUCUGACAAUGAAAGAAGGCUCGGUAUCAGCGAGAGGUUUCUGCAGACCAUUGAAGAGGCAGCACUCCUCAAAUGUGACGAUGGUGAAUGCAUUGUCGACAACGUGGACGUGAAAUGUGCUGCCAUAGAUGAAGAUGCACAUUUCACCAAAAACGACUACGAAUACGAAUAUGAAUAUGAACAGGAAUACGAAUAUGAAUAUGAAAAUGAUGAUGUCCUUGACCUCGACCUGGUUGAAGAUUCGGCAGAAAGCAAUGAUUCUGGUUUGGUGCUUAACAGGAGACGUAGAGAUGUUGGCGGCAUCUCUUCCCCGCCACGUAUUUGGAAAACAACGUCGGCGCCUGAUACGGAUGACGGACUCGGAAACUCUUCUGGAGAAGGUUCUGGCGCUGUUCGGGUGCUGAAAAAAAGGAAACCAUCUUCCCGCAUCGAUGUGAGCUUCGACUGGACCUUCAAGAACAGAUCCAGAUUACUGUACAGGGAAAAUGUGACAGACUUCGUCGGCAUCGUCCUCAACUCCACCCGCCUGUCCCUUAACGGCACGAGAGAAGGAAACUUCAGAAUUGCAAGUCUUGGAAAUCUUACUGUAGCGUGUGGGCCUGGGAAGGUGGUGGCCAACGUGUCAAGGUCUCUCUGUGUUCCUUGUCCACGUGGGACGUUCCACAACCAGGAAGUGGACACCUGUGAGGCGUGUCCGGUCCACACCUACUCCGACACCAGUGGUCAGACACAGUGCACUCCGUGUGGUCAGAUGACCGGUACCAAGAACAAUGGAAGUAAAACUGACCGGGACUGUAUCGCUAUGUGUCAUCCUGGCCACUUUUCUCCAAGUGGACUAACACCCUGCGACCCCUGUCCAUUUGGCACAUACCAACCGAAGCAAAAUAGUCACAACUGUACCCCUUGUUCCUCGGACACGACCACUCUAGAAACAGGGAGUUCCAACCUGAGCCACUGUGUUCCGUUUGAUGUGCUGGUCAAGGGUCCCGUUCGACUCAACUUCGGUCCUGUUCUUGCGCAGUGGGCGGAAGAGUUAUCCAUUGCAUUCUGGUUCCGAACUCUGCCACAAAGACAGAAACAUUCCAACAUUUCACUUGUGCUGAGUCACCCUACUAGAGGUCACCAGAUGACCUUUGAAAUGACACAGCAGACAAGCAUCAGGAUGAGGGGACGCCAUGUUCCAGUGACCACCCACGUUCCCCAGGACCUGUGGACACACAUGGCGGUAGUGUGGAAAGGCUAUCCCAGUUUCGUGGACAUCUACAGGGCUGGCAGCAGGGUGGCGCAUUACGGAAAGAAAUCCCCCCUGUGCUUUGUACCGAAGGACACCGAGCUCUCUAUCCACGUUGGGGAAGACACAGAUUUCAGUUUGAGGGAGAUCUACGUGAUGCCGCGAAGCAACGUCUCGGGGACUAUAGCUCACAUGGCCAGGUCCUGCUCACCUGGAGAUGUUGGGUUCGAUUCUCUCAUCAACAAAAUCAAGGCAUCGGAUCCGUCGAAGAUCAGCAUGGUGGUACCCAGUGUCUGUUCAGAGAUCGACUGGUGUUCACCUAGCCCCUGUCCCGAGCACCACUGUCGAUCAUUCAAGUAUGGCUUCCAGUGCACGUGUAAAGGAGGCUUCUCUGGCCGGACGUGCGAGAUACCGCCGGACUACUGUGUCGUGGACAACAAGUGUGAACAUGGCGCUAUGUGUGAGAAUAUCAAGGGAGGGGUAGCCUGUACCUGCACUGACGACUACAAGGGGCGAUACUGCGAAAUACCAAUAGUUCAUGGUAAAUGGAGUGUUUGGAAUCCAUGGUCCCUUUGCUCUGUGACCUGUGGCGGGGGUAAAAUGUCAAGGUCACGAUAUUGUGACGCUCCUGCCCCUGAGCCUGACUUUGGAAAACCAUGUGAAGGAUAUGCUGUUGAAACAUCAACUUGUAAUGAGAACAAAUGCCCAGAAUGCAAGACGUCACAGUUGACAUUGGGCAAAGGCGUCAGCGUAAACUGCUCCAGAAAGUCGGAAGCGGCCAUGAACUGUUCCGUGUCAUGUGUUGGUGGUUUGGUGUUCCAAGAGGAUCCGCCAGUGUAUACGUGCUAUGAAGAGACAUGGGUUCCAGGCGAAAAGACCCUUUCAUGUGUCGAAUUCAAGAUCCCCGACAACGUGGCGUUUAACUACACCGUCCCCUACAAGACACGGGUCGGAAUCAACAUGGCUGCCGAUCUCGCCAUUAUCCAAAACACGGCGUCUGUCUGUGCGUCCCGGACUUCCUGUGUUCAUAACGCGGCCUGUACGGUCGUGGUUGACGUGGAGACGUGUCUGAGGGAGGCUGGGGGAUGUGCUCAGUUUCCAGAAGGAUACAAUGCGAAGCUGAGGUUCGAGGGCAUCGUUGUUGUCAGUAACGUGAGUGCCAUUGUAACAAGGCAGAACCUAGCACAAGCCUACUCGUCCUUGAACGCAAGUUACAAUGACCUUGAGAAGAUGUACAAGGAGUGCUUCCUGGUGACGCUGACAGAUGGUCCAGUCACGCCAGGAACGUCCAUUGCGGACAGUGACAUAACAUGUCCAGUAGGAUCAGUCCCAGACCAGGGCUACUGUACUACUUGUGCCCCGGGCAUGUAUUACAACAACGGCACAUGUUCCCAGUGUGAGCGAGGAUGGUACCAGGUGGACAAUGGAGCUUUAGAAUGCGACACGUGUCCAACUGCCUUCAACACCAAAUACACGGGGUCGAGUUUCAAGUCGGAAUGUAUUGCUCCCCCUGCUGAUGCCUUUAUGCUUCUCACUGACCCCAUCACUGGUCACAUCUGGUCAGUCACCAUGUCCGACUUCAGACUCAAGCCUGUAUCUCUGCCCGACAACGUGAGACUGGCCUCAUCUGGAUACGACCCGGUCACGAACCACAUCUUCUAUGCUGACAAAUACAGACCUGCCAUACACAGUGUUGGGCCCAAGAAGAGCACGACGUACGUCACGCUCAACUGGGCUGCCUCUGUGGAUGGUAUAGCCAUAGAUCCUAUCUCAAGACUCAUAUUCUACACUGACAAAGGAAACGACGUCAUCGGUGUGGUAACCAUGGUAACAAAAUAUCACAAGAUUGUAAUCAAUUCUGCUACCUACAUGCCAAGACAUAUUGAGGUGGACCCCAUACACGGUGUAAUGUACUGGACAGACUGGGGCGAGGGCAACAAGAUAGAGCGGGCCAACUAUGACGGGUCAGGCCGAAAGGUGUUGGUCAGCUCAAUAUGGCCGGAGGGACUAACACUGGACAGAGAUGCCGGGAAGCUGUACUGGAGUGACACCGAGUCCAAGACCUUACAAAUGAUUGACUUGGAUAAAGGAAAUAGAACAACUCUCCUGACGACGGGCAACUACCCCUCCGCCAUCGCCGUCUUCAACGACUUCCUCUUCUACUCCGCCAUGUUACCCAAUAUCAGUAGCGUAAUGAUGAGGGUCAACGUGGACGGAACAGGAUUCACCAUGACAAAGUUACCUCCCUUUAGCUACCUUUCUGACAUCCAUGUCUUUCGAAAGAGUGCUUUUAAAAAUGUUACAAAUGGCUGCACUAACAACAAUGGCGGCUGUUCACACCUCUGCUUUCCUCGGUCAAACGGAUCUAACGUCUGCGCAUGUCCCGAUGGCUACACACUGAAUGCAAAUAAGGUUGAUUGUACCAAAAAGAUCAUCAAGUCUUGGUGGUUGGAUGUGUGGAUGCGGCAUCGAGGACGGAGAGAGAGGAGACAUCAAAUGCGACCACGUGGAAGGAAUUAGAAACACGGAGUUAUUUCUUCGCGUCCUUGUUUAGCUCAUCCUCGGUUAUCCAGGAUUUUUGUUAUCUUCAUUCUAUACGAUAAAUGACUUGGAACCAUUCGUGACGAUACUUUCGUUUUAAGACCGAUUUGAAUGACACGAGGUGGCUAAACAUAGCUUCCUUUCGAAGGUGAUGUUACUGUCUCUCCCUCUCCUUUCUCUAACUGAGCGCACGAUUUCUCUCGCUCAUUACAAUAAUCCGAUUGGACGAUUCAUUCGUCACCACUCGCCCCUUUCCGUAGCCUGCAAGAUGACUCGUCCCCCUAUCGAUGAAUGUUAUGUGCGAAAAUACGAUAAACCAAUCAGAAUGCGCGUAUGAUUUCAAGUUCUUCGUCAAAGAAUCCCUCAGAAAUAACUUU